AUGGCGGAGGGACUGCCCAGCAGCAUCUACGACCUCACCGUUAAGGUAUUCUCCCUUGUUCUGGUCCUCGAUUUGCUGCUUUUUCUCCCCAUCCCCGUAAUCGGUCAUGGAGUUCCACAGGUCCUGCUGUAAUUACUAAUGGAUGUUCUUCGCGGAAAGUUUGAAAACGUCCGCAGAUUUCUUGGAUCCUAGUUUCACGAUUGCGGAACCCUAGUUAAUGGUGCUAUGGCCUUCGGGUUGAGACGAAGAUCUUUUAUACGAAUCGAAUCAUGGUUGUUCGCAGGACAUUCGUGGCGAGGAUGUGAGCCUUGGCACCUACAGCGGAAAGGUUCUCCUCAUUGUCAACGUCGCAUCUAAAUGGUACUCCGUUCACUGAGGAAAUUACAUUUUUAAGGGACCAGAAUUUGAUCUCGUCCUAGAAUUGGCUUCUUGAUUGUGUUUCUACUUAAAAUAGAUGGCAUCAUAUGUGAACUCUGCCUCAUUUUUCUCUCUGAUCAAUUGUAGACGCUCAUAAUUGAAAUCAUCCCCGUUAGAAGGAUCCCCUCUUUAAAUGUGGUUAUCUGCUAAGAGUUUCUUUUUGGUUUGGCAGUGGAUUGACCCAUUCGAACUACAAGGAAUUGAACGUUUUGUAUAAAACUUAUAAAGAUCAAGGUUCGUGCUAUGAUCUUUCUUAUUGUUUCCCACGUUGGCCGCCUUCAUUUUUAUUUUAUGAUCGAUCAUAAUAACUAAUUCCCAUAAAAAAAUUUUAGGGCUUGAAAUAUUGGCAUUCCCUUGCAACCAAUUCGGGAGUCAAGAAUCGGGAAGCAAUGAGGAAAUCCAGGAAACAGUCUGUACAAUAUUCAAAGCGGAAUUCCCCAUCUUUGACAAAGUAAGUAGCGAUUUACAACUCUUUUUAAGUGGCGACAACAUCCAGAAAAGAAAAAAAGAGAGAAUAAACUCUUUUUAAGAAUAUUUCAACCUCUUUUUAAGAACAUGUCUUUGAGAUUCUUUGACUUUCCACUUUAAAAGGUCUAUGUUUGAUCAAAUCAUCAAGAUCAUCUUUCCUGGGCGGUCCCGUUGAUACCCAUAUUCUAUCCAUUGUUUAUCACAGGUUUUAGUGAUACCCCAUGACUGUAUAAGACCAAUCUAGGGGGUGAAGCCUAGAUUGGUCUUUGAACGUUAUUGAAGGUUUUUUUUGUGUGCAAUGAUGUUCAAACCCAUUUACCCGCCAUUGAAGCUUCAGCCUCUAGUUGACCAAUGUGAUAUUUCCUCUUGAGAUGAUGGCUCUGAAAGUAUUUCAGCUUCACGUAACACUGAUCCUAAUUGAUGGACACGGAGAGAGAGGAGCUGAUUAGAGACAUCAAAGAGCCUGAUCUCUCUGGUUUCAAUUUCUUGGCCGGUUUUGAGAUCGAAAUGGAAAUUCUCAUAUUGGAUGGCUCACAUAUACAGGUUGAAGUGAACGGCAAGAACGCAACUCCCCUCUACAAGUUCUUGAAAUUCCAGAAGGGCGGGCUCCUCGGCGACAGCAUCAAGUGGAACUUCACCAAGUUCCUGGUCGACAAGACGGGCAAGGUAGAGAUACGCCCCUAUCCUCUCUCUCUCUCUCUCUCUCUCUCUCUCUCUCUUUCUCUCUCUCUCCCUCUCUCCCUCUCUCCCGCUCUCCCUCUCUCUAUGAUCUCUAUGUAUAUAUCUGUGUCCGAAUUUGAUCGGUGCUGUUCGUGUUGUUCGUCUUGCAGAAGGACAUCAAGAGACUUCUGGAGGCGUGA